AUGGAAUAUAGGACAAUUGUGUAUAACGCAGCUAGAGACGGCAAACUUGGCCGUCUACGUGUAUUUCUGGAUCAGCGAUCAAAAGAUGAAGUCUCAAUGUUGAUUCAUGCCAAAACGAAUGGAGCUACACCUCUUAUCAUGGCAGGACGAAAUGGCCAUCUCGAAGUAGUGAAAUAUCUCAUAGAACACUGCAGAGCUGAAAUAGAGCAAGUAGGCUCUGUAACGUUUGACGGAGAGACGAUCGAAGGUGCCCCUCCUCUAUGGUGCGCGGCAGCUGCUGGGCACUUGAACAUCGUCAAGUAUCUCGUCGAACAUGGUGCCAAUGUAAAUAAAACAACAUACACCAAUUCAACACCUCUUAGAGCCGCCUGCUUUGAUGGACAUUUAGCUAUAGUGAAAUAUCUGGUAGAGCAGAAAGCGGACAUUGAAAUUGCUAACAGGCACGGCCACACCUGCCUGAUGAUAUCCUGCUAUAAAAAACACUUACCCAUAGUUGAGUAUUUGCUGAAACUUAAGGCUGAGGUGAAUCGAAAGAGUGUCAAAGGCAACACGGCACUGCAUGAUUGUGCAGAAUCUGGAAGCUUAGAGAUCAUGAAACUGCUGCUGAAACAUGGAGCCAAGAUGGUGAAGGAUCAUUACAACAUGACUCCCUUGAUGGCUGCUGCAGUGGCUGGCUACAAUCUCAUUGUGGAGUAUCUCAUUAGCCGUCCAGAAUGCUCCCGAAUAGAAAAAAUUGAAGCUCUUGAACUGUUAGGUGCUACCUAUAUUGAUCGCAAGCGAGAUAACAUUGCUGCUUUAGAAGUUUGGCAGAGGGCCAUGAGGUUGAGAUAUGAAGAUGGAAUAAAUAUUUACCCAAAACCAACGAAUGUAAAACCUGUAGAAGCUUAUGAAUAUGCAGUGGAAGCCCAGUCCAGUGGGAUGUUGGAUGAGCUGGUAUCUGAUCCAGAUGAAAUGCGAAUGCAGGCAUUACUUGUUAGGGAAAGAAUUCUUGGACCAGCACAUCCCGACACUUCUUAUUAUAUACGGUAUCGGGGAGCUCUGUAUGCAGACAUGGGCAAUUUUGACCGGUGUAUUUCUUUGUGGAUAUAUGCUUUAGAGAUGCAACAAAGUGCAUUGGAGCCCGUCAGCCCAAUGACACAAUCCAGCUUUUUGUCAUUUGCAGAAUUGUUCUCAUUUAUGACUUCAGAGUGGCGUGGAAGGGACUUGUUUUCUUGCCUUAAAUUUGAAAAUCUCAUGGCUGUCUUACAGCGAGCAGUGGAAGAAGUUCAACGUGCCGUCGCCUCUAACAAGUCACUGAAAACAUCUUCGGCUGAUGCUGAGAACAGAACACUGUCUAACCUCAAUAGAUUAAUGGUGAUAGUUUUACAUCUCCUGUGCUUAAUGACACGGCUGGAACUCCUACUGUCUGUGGAUGACAAAUUAAAUUUUCGAAAAAUAGUUUACCGUCUGGUCAGAAUGGCUCCCUUGGGACUGAGAAAGAGCACUUUGCUUCAUUUAGCAUGUACCAGAGACACAACAGAAGUCGGCCGGUAUCCAAUUUGCAAAUUCCCCAGUCUUGAUGUCAUAAAUCUUCUAAUCGAGGUUGGUGCAGAUCUGAAUGCUUUGGAUCAAGGUGGCAACUCUCCAUUGCAUAUAGCUGCCAAAGAUGUACCAUCUGACCGACAGGUGCUCAAAGUUUUAAUAGAAAGUGGUAGUCAUAUUGACGCCUGCAACAACAAGGGAGACACAGCUGCUUCCUUGCUGCACACGGUGCAUCUUCAUAACAUUGUCCCACCCCUGAAGUACACCUCCCUCCAGUGUCUGGCCAGCAGGGAGAUAGCCAGGAAUAGAAUUCCUUAUAAAGGCAUCGUUGGCUUGGAGCUAGAGAGGACAAUUGAACUACACCAGUGUAAAUUUGAUGCUUUGAAAGCUAAAAUGGAUGAAAGUUCAUGGCCUAGAGAACCGGAAAAGUGA